UUGACUUUUACAUAAUAAAGGAAUGAAUUGAGAGUGGUGAAAGGUGAAAUACAAAAUGAGAUCCAUUUGCAAUGAUAGAUAGAUCCGGCAGUUAGAUUGAUCAUAAUUAACGUGGAGAGACUCAAAAGAUAUACAAACACUCUGUAUAGAGCAGUGGAGAGUCCAAAGCUGGGACCUUCGGCUCCGACCUUACCCACACCGUUGCUCUUUCACGGGUCUUAUCUGCCGAGACACACCCUCUCCCGUUACAUUGAAGAUUACAAAAAAAAGUGGUGGCUUUUCCGUUUUCUCCAUUCUCUGGCUGGUUAAUCUCAGAUUUGGAUGAGAUGAGGCAUGAGGGAUGCUAUCAGGAUUGAUGAAACUUCUUAGGGUAAGUUGUUUCUGGCCGUCGUCCGGGUCGGAUUCUGGAGGUCGGCAGGACGGACUGUUGUGGUACAAAGACUUUGGUCAGCAUGUCUAUGGUGACUUUUCCAUGGCCGUGGUUCAGGCCAACAACUUGGCCGAGGACCAGAGCCAGCUCGAGUCAGGCAGUCUCAGCACACACGAGUUCGGUCCCUACGGCACGUUUGUUGGUGUUUACGAUGGCCACGGGGGCCCUGAGACGGCUUGGUUCAUCAAUGACACUUUGUUCCAUCAUCUCAAGAGGUUUGCAGGGGACCAACAGGCAAUGACAGUUGAGGUGAUAAAGAAGGCAUUCCAAGCAACGGAAGACGGCUUCCUCUCUGUCGUGAGGAGAGAGUGGCAGACGAGACCACAGUUAGCGGCAGUUGGAUCAUGCUGCCUCGUCACCGUCAUCUGCAAUGGGACGCUCUAUGUGGCCAAUGCGGGAGACUCGAGGGCGGUGAUGGGGAGAGUGAUGAAAGAGACAGGGGAAGUCAAUGCAAUUCAGCUGUCGUCUGAACGUAACGUUUGUAUUGACUCUAUAAGGCGAGAGCUUCAGGCUCUGCAUCCGGAUGAUCCUGAUAUCGUGGUUCUGAAACAAAACGUAUGGAGAGUGAAGGGCCUCAUACAGGUAACGAGAUCGAUAGGAGAUGUGUAUCUCAAACGGUCUGAAUUCAACAGGGAACCGCUGGUUCCAAUAUUCCAACUAAGGGAACCGUUCAGUAAGCCGAUAAUGAGCGGAGAGCCAGUGAUAACGGAGCAUCAACUGCAGCCGGAAGAUCAGUUUAUAAUAUGCGCUUCGGAUGGGCUUUGGGAACACUUGACCAACCAAGAAGCCGUUGACAUCGUUCAGAAUCACCCUCACUGCGGAAUAGGAAAUAGGCUGGUGAAAGCGGCGUUGAAGGAGGCGGCUAAGAAGCGGGAGAUGAGGUACUCUGACCUUAAUAGGAUAGAGAGGGGAGUUCGCCGCUGCUUUCACGACGACAUAACGGUUGCAGUUCUCUUCCUCGACUCCAAACUGGUUAGCCGAGGGUUUACUACGACUAGGCCGAGUGGCCAUGCUGUGUCGGUGAGAGGAGCACCUUAGGCCCCUUUUGACUC